AUGGCUGCUCGUGGAACACCAGUGACUCCUGAGGAGCUUGCUGCAGCCAGGGAGGUCCUGGCCAGGGCCGAUCAUUUUGGUGUGAACACCAAGGAGACACUAUCCACCAAAUGGUUGGAUGAGAUGCCCGAAGUGGCAUUGGACUUGGUGCGGAACAAGAAGCUGGCUCCAGGGUGCGCACUGGUGAAGCUCGGGAAUGACUACUCCAGGCCAAGCGCGAAGGAGAGUUUGUGCGGAAAGGGUUUGCGUGCCUGUGUUUGCUUCAUGCAGGUCCCAUCAGGGUUUCUGCUGGCAGACGCCCUGUUGAUGCUGGACACCAAGAUGGAGCGACAGCUCAUAGUGCCUGCGGAAGGCCAGACCAAAGGUGACAAAGCUGCUUUGGAAGGCAAACGGAUUAAGAAGCUCCUUGGCGCUUUGCGACACUUGUUCCGGAACAGUUCACAUAGCUGGGACCCUGCGAUCCUCGAGCUGAAAGGAAAGCGCCAGGACACAGACCUCGAGUUUGGUGAGAAUGACAUUGGGUCUGUUUCUGCGCGAUCGCCCGAUGACAGUGGCUCCCACAACGAGAGCACUGAACCGGAGCCGAUCCAGGAUGCUGCCAUGAGUGAUGGCGAGGCCUCCAAUGAAUCGGCAGGUGAUGCCAUGAGUGAUGUUGAGCCUUCCCAAGGCACUCAGCAAAAUACGGAUCUUGUGGAGAAGCCUGCUUCCAGUGGAAAACAAUCCAUUGAUCCAAAGCUCGCUGCGUAUUGGAAGCGAUUUGUGGUUCCAAAGCCUGAAGGCAUGGUUUGCCCCAAGGCUGUGGCAAAGGAGUCACAGGUCGAGGAUGCUUCGACUGCUGAUGGGGAUUCAGGUGAAGGCUCACUGCAAUGGGAGGACCGGCUGGGCAGCCUCAUGCAAGAGACACCUGAUUCAGAUUCAUCGCCACAGCCUCUUCGCAGAGAUCCGCGGUGGGAUGGAACUGAACGUUGGGUUGAGCAUGGCCCCAACGGCACCGUCAGACAUUGCAUCCCCGCUAGUUGGGCCAACGCCCACAACGAGGAGUGGGACGGGGAGUCUUUGACACCAACUGAGCGAGGCCCAUGGGAUCAGGUCUCUGAUGAUGAGGUUCUUGGCCACAUGAAGAAGGUGGAAGCCCUGCUAGACAGUGAUCGUGGCUCUGCAUCUGGUGAUGAGGGCCAGAUUGCCGUAGACAAGAGAGACUUUGGACAAGACAUGCCGCCUUGUGGUGUCUUUGGCAAUGAAAUGAAUUGCACCGGCCCAGAUUGCAAGGCUUGUAAGAAGGCCUUGAGUCCUGAGACGCGGGCAGACCCGGAGAACAAGAAGAAGAAGGUCAAGUCGAAGACCAAGUCCGGAUCUGGAAAGGUUUUGCUGAAGCACCGUGCAUAUUUUGCGAAGCGCUUUUCCGAAGAAGGCACUGGGCCAACAGGACAAGUGUCCUGGGCUAAGUUUGGUGGUGUGGAACGUGCGUGGGCAGAAGCGGCUCAUGGCGCAUCGAUCCUGAGUGUGCUGGAGCUCAACGGUGCACCCGGCAGUGUUGCAGCGGUGAUGAUGUUAGCAUCGAUGGUAUAUGGGAUGCCUCAUCUUGACUGGAGUCAGCCCACUGACCAUGCAGAGCUCUUCAGUGGAUGUAUGAGCGUUCGAAAGUCGGCCCUACGCAAGAGCGAUGCCGGCAGCACCAGCUCAACCACAGCGAGUGCUUCUAACUUGCGGCGGGCUACUGGUAAGCAGCCUGCAUCCUUCGUCUAUUCCACACCAGAGGUCAAAGGCACCAAGCCUGAAAGGUCACCGAGGGAUGGUGAUGAUCGGAAAGUGAAGAAGCGCAAGGAGAAUGAGUGGGAUGAGAAGGCUGAGAAGAAGAGAGAGAAGGCGAAGAGUGAUGUAAAGUCCAAGAGUACUAAAAACAAAGGACAAGAGAAGAAGAGCGCCAAGGAUAAGGGCAACAUGAAAGAGGAGGAGACGCGCAAUGAGAAUGAUGAAGGGGGAAAGAAGGUGAAAAAAGCUCACCUGAAAGUGAAGGGUGGCAAGGUGCCAAAGGCGACCCCCAGCAAGUUUGAUGAAGAGGAGGUCGACGCUGACUAUACAAAGAAAUUCUCAGAGGCUCUAGACGCCAGCUCAAGUGAAGCUGAGUCUGAUACCACCUUGGUGCUGGGGGCUGAGGCCAAACGCCUUGAGCCCGAAGACAGUGAUGAGAGCGAUGUCGGCAAUUCGACUGAGGAAGAAAAUGAUGAGGACGACGAUGAAGUUUCUGUUGAGCAGGAAGACGAUGAGGAGGAGCAAGGAGACGAGGAAGAAAUGGAAGAUGAAGAAGGAUCCAGUGAAGAUGAGGACCAAGAGGAUGAAGAACCUGAGAAGAUUGCGAAGAGAAAGGACAAGGAGAAGGAGAAGGGUGCUGGAAAGGAAAAGGACAAGAAGGAGAAGAGCAACAAGAAAGAUGACAGAGAGACUUCCCAGAAAGACGGCAAGGUACAGAAGAGUAAGGGCAAGGAGAAGAAGGGAAAAGAAGAAGCGAAGACAGAGACAAAAGAUGAGAAAGGCAAGGACUUGGCAGCUUCAGCGGAGCUAGAGGCUUUGUACCAAGUCAUGCAAAAGCUAGUUGCCUGUCCUGACACGAGCGACAAGAAGUUCAAGAAGGCCGUCCACCUUGCGACGGAGAAGAUGGCUUGGUUUGAGAAAUCCAAGGUGGCUGCGAAGGGAUUGCUUUCUGGCAUCAAUCGGAAGGCAAAGAAGAAGCAGGGCACCACUGCCAAAUCCAAGGCUAAGGUCCAAGCUGAAGUUCAUAGCCGAGUCGCAUCUUUGAUGGCUUGGUCAAUGACCUAUGCGAUGGACGGCUUGUGGCCCGUCGCCGGCUUUGAAGGGGAAAUCUUCCCCGACAACACUCUUCGGUCGUGGGUAGCUGGCUCCCAUGCCGACGGCAGCGCCCUCUUCCUCGACGCCGGAAGAGGGAUCGAUGGAGAGCGCCAAAGAAGAUGGACCCUUGGCCAUCGAGGACUACCCGAGCGGGGAGUUGGCCCACCGGUGGUCUACGGACCCGCCCGACGUGGUGAGGGACGAGAGAAAGAGGGAAAGGGGAAGGGACUACAAGGGAAGGUCGUCACCAACCCCUUUUGGAGCGAGCGACUUCAGAACGAGGCAAUGCUUCGAGCCAUGCGGCCGGCAGCGCUGCCGACGGCGGAGCCGGAGGCGGGGUUCCUUGAGGGUCCCUCGACUUCUGGACGGGUGGAGCGAGAAGAAGGACGAGGGAUCUCGAUGGACAUCCAGGAGCUCUUGAAGGCGGUGAUGACACUGAAUGCGGCCUUGAAGAAGGAAUUGGUUGAACUCCGGAAGACGGUCGAAACCAAGGCGGCCAAGGCCAUUGAGGACAAGCCGCGACCACCGACGACUACACCACCACCUUCACCUCCUAAGGCACCGCCUCCGGUGACACCUGACCGUGGGAGAAAGGAAGGAGAGAUGGACUCCAACGAGGCCCAGGAGUACCCGGAGUGCCAGGUUCUUGGGGAGCUCAAGGGUGGGGACUACAUCCAGGACGUCAACCAGGCAGCUUGGGACGAGCUCAUCGGACGGGAACUGGGGGAGGUGAUCAGGUCAGUUGAACUCCCACCAUUGCAGGACCUUCGAGAAGGCGAUCUGGGCUCGUUGAUCCUUGGUGACUGGAUCCAACUCAUCACGCCGACGAUGAAGGAUUUGAGUGCCUCGAGCUGGAGAUGGUGGGAGGAGGUACUGAACCUGGCGAUGGUGGCAUACCGAGAGUGGCUCCAGGCGGAACCGGUGCAGCGGUUGUACAUCAGGCCUCGAGUACCUCCCGAAUGCUCAGGAAUGUGGAGUCGGCUGGAACAACGAGGGCAACUGAUGUUGAUCAAUGCCGCCCCACAGAACAUCAAGGUCUCGGUGGAACCAAAGGCUCCGCAGUCCAUGAAUGAGGUGGUGGAAGCUCUUCGAGGGUGGAGGAGAAGUUUGAGACGGGCGCAGGAGCUGGACAUCGCGACGCCAGAUGCCACGCUGCUGCUGGGGGCGUUGGAUAAGAUGUCAGAGUUGGCGGAGUCUCUAGCCAUCAGCGAGCUGCAGCCGGUCCAGGAGAUCAAAACCGCUCCUCUUACCACCAAGGUCAAGGCGAUGACUGCGGCCAUUGAGGAGAAGGUGGAGAAGAACACUGAGAAGUCGAAGGGUGAGGGAAAGUCCGAGGAGAAGACCUGCAGGUUCGGAGGGUCAGAAGAUGGCUGCCGGAAAGGUCAGGAGUGCCGCUUCAAACAUGAUUGGGGCGGUUUGGAGAAGAAGGGCAGAUGCUUCGGACGCUCGUCGACCAAGCAUACCAAGAAGGAGUGUCCCGCCACAAAGCAGAAGAUGGAGGGAGACAAGCGGAUGAAGACCUUCAAGAAGGGCACGGAAAAGGGCAAUGGUGUCAAAAAGGUUGAGAAGACCGAGGGGAACCCGGAGAAUCAGCAGACCCUGGCGGAGGAGGUGAUGGAUGAGAAGAAGGUGGAGAGGCCUGCCGCGAGCUCGGGAGAGGUGCAAGCUCUGCUUUCGGAGGCGACCACCCUUUUGAAGAGUUUGAGGCCGGCGAGUGACGGCCGAACAGCAGUGAAGGCAAUCAAGCUCAGCAGCCUCGAGGUGCGAACCAAUGACAGAGCUCUCCUAGAUGGUGGGGCUACUCACUGUCUCCGGAAGGCUGAGUUGGAGGAAGAGUGGCAGCGCGCCCAGGAGGUCCGAGUCGAACUGGCUGAAGGCUCAGUCACGCUCAGGCAGAUCCCAUGGACGAAGACUCUCCUCACCCAGAAUGAAGUCCAGACCAUUGUGGUCCUGGGAGUCUUGAUCUCGCUGGGUUAUGACCUCCACCAUAGAGCUUCAAAGGCAGCAAGACCCAGGAUGGUGGUGACGGCUCUGGAACAGCCCGAUGACCCGGAAGCCUACUUGGGAGAGGCAAAGAGAGGAGCUGGAGGCGCGGGGGCGGACGAGAAGCCCGACGAGCUGGUUGGACACCCUCGAUAUCCGACCUAUUGGUCGGAGCUGUGGGGACUAUUUGAAGUGAGGUUUGACCAAGGUCCCAUGGGGCAUGCUCGAAGAAAGCCCACGAGGCUAGGAACGAACAUGCUGAAGCUCGUCGAGUUGGAGGGCUUACGAGGGCCAGGACACGGGGGAGAAGACCAUCGAGGAGACUCCAUCCAAGCACGAAUCGCCGCCGUUGAGAAGUAUCCUCGAUUUGGUGUGGUGUGCGACCUGAGCACGCAGAUCUACCACUCUAGCGCCUACAAAGCAGCCUUAAAGGCUGCGAAGGUCGAGCGAGACUGCUUUUGCAAAGCAGUUCUUGAGAGACGCAUGGCAGAUGGGCUGUUGGAGAAGGGCCCAAUAUACAGCGACAUCACGAAGUUUGUGCCCAGCGCGGAGUUGUCAAAGGUCUACCGUGAACGGGUGUUUAUUUUGGCGACCCGCUAUGGCUACAAGUUUGAGGACAAAACUCUUGAAGUCUUGGUGGAUGAGAACUGCGUGGACCCCAAGAUUGUGCUCAACCGGCUUCAAUUGAAGAGUGAGGGCUUGGCAAAGUCUGCGCUGGACAAAUACAAAGUUCAGCGAAGGAACUAUGCAGGGAGAGACGCUUUGACGUCGGGAGAAACUGGCAUUUUCUUGAGGUUUUGCACAGAUCCCAAUAUUCCUGGGACAGAGAAGAUUGCAGUGAGCGAGAUCAAGCACGACCUUCUUUCCACGCCACACAUGGCCUUUCAGACAUCUGACAUUUGCCACAAAGAUCCAGCUAAUUUUUUGCAGCCAAUGAACAUUUUCCUUGUGAAAGGAUGGUCAAGGUGUGUUUGCAUGACAACGUGCCUUAUGCACGUGUACGCUGAGCCGGAGAUGUUGAAGGAAUGGGAGUCUACCACACGCUUCGCAGAAGCAUACAGAAUUGGAAAGACAGAGGCUCAGGCGGCCAUGUGUCUCAUGCAGAAGGUGCCCAGUGAGGAGAUGCUGCAGCGGUGUUGCUGUGCUUUCCUGCUCCUGGAAAAGAGCUUCCGUACUGCUGUUCCUCAUGCUUUUGCCGAUGCGGAGAUGGUGGGAAUCAAGAAAGCGUUCAGUCUGCGGCAUAUCGAUGUUGAGCUCUUGACAAUGCUGGAAUCGAGCGUGCCACCAGCUGACCUUGGGGCAGUGUCAGUCUUUCGGGCUGCUAUGCAGAAACAUGCCCAGGAGGCCAAGAUGGAUGUAAAAUAUCUCAAGAACCGAUAUGACCGUGGUGUCAAGGAAGUCCAAACAUUUAUGGGCGACAACCAGCGCUAUGUCCAUGUGCAACAGCGGGGACUUACUGCCACCCAAGAGAUUCUUACUGCCAUCUUGGAUGGGGUGCUUCCGAGUGGGCAGCCAGACGGACCGCAGACAGUCAUGGUUAUGGAUCUCAUUCCUUCAAGGAUUCCAACCACAGUGGUGGAUGCAUAUCCCGGCUCCAUUGCGCCAGUGCGGGAGAAGGUGGACAAGUUUAAUGAAAAGUUUGAGAUUGCUGCUAUGAUGCGGACACCAGAGACGAGUGGCAGUGGAUCGUCUGGGGCCAAGCCUGAUGGUGAUGGUGGCAGUGGCCGCCGUCUUGCGUGCCGCCCAGUGUUUGGAGCCGAUGAGACGUUGGCAGGCAAAGCGCAGGUGCCUGGCAAUGCCGAUGUUAUGGUUUGCUUGACGAAGACAAUGGAAGUUUGGCUUCUCAACACGAGUGGCGCAGACAUUACCCUCACGAGUUGUGAGUUGUUCGGCUUUGGCUUGGGAGCUUGCACAGAAUCACCCACAGGCACAAAACAGUUGUUGGAAUACGAGCUCUUGAUUGUGUUCAAUCUUUUUGUUUGCUUCACCUGUGUUCUUUGUGAGUCAGCAGGCACAGCCCGCACGCAAGCGGGGACUUCAUGGCCGUGGCUCAUCGAGCAUGACAAGACGCUGGUCAUUCUGGUUUCAGAUGGGCAGAAGAAAGCACCAAUGAAUGCAAUGAUGCGGGAGAGUCUAUCAGCAUCUGCGGCAGCAGCAGUGGUUGCCCCCGCGGAAGCGGGAGGAGAGCCUGCUGAGGAAGACGCUGAGGAAGAUGCUGAUAUGGAGGGAGCUGAGUCCGAAGCUGCGACAGAAGACAAGACUCUCAAUGUAGAUUAG